GUGACAGAAAAUGAUAGAGCACUGUCUGGACCUUCACCUGAGGAUCAUCAUCAUGAUGAUGGAGUGGUGGAGGAUGCUUGGUCUGGAAGCAGAAGGAAAACAACUCUGUUUACUCUGAGCAAUCCUGAGGAUGAUCAUGCUGAACUGGAAGAGUCUUCAGAAAGCACACCUGGAGAUGGUUUGGAGAAAAUGGAGGUCAGCAAAGAAAAUAGUAACAUCUCUGCCAGGUCAGACCAAACUACUUUGGAGUAUCACGACGCAAAAUCCCUCAGCGAUUUUGAAGAUGAUGUCAUCUUUAUAGCUGCUAAACCAGCCCAUUCUGCCACUGACGCAACUGCCAGUUUUCAAGAAUCAGAGAAGGAAAGAGGCAGUGAAAUGGUUGAAGACAAACCUUUCCAGACGGAACAACCCGAUUCAUCAGAACUAAGAAAAAAACCUGGGUUUGUGGAAGAAUCAAAGGCUGAAUGUCUUGCCCUUCCUGAGGCUGGUAAAUUGGUGUUCAAAGGCACUGAGGCUGCUCCUUUUGGGACUGCAAGUGAAGGUGAAACAAGCCACCAGGAGUCCAAACUGUCCUCUUCAUCAGAAGAAAAAGUCAUUCCAGUUGCACCAAAUCCACAGCUCUCUGCGUUCCCGGCAAGAGACAGUGAAUGUAGGUACAGUGUGUUGGGGCUGUCAU